UCAUCGUCAUCAUCAACAAAAAUCAAAUAUAUCGAUAAUUGUUUUUGAUUUUGAUAAUCGAUUUUUUUCUUUUGGCUGGUUUUCGAUGAAACUUGUCCCUUAGUUGCAUCAUUUAAUUUUUUUUUUGCACUGUAAAAUUCUGUUACAAAUUUAUAAAGAAAAAAAUUUCUUUUUUUUGGUGAUUCAAAAAGUGUGAAUAUUAAAAAAAAUAAUACACGACAAGAAUCUUUCUAUUAUUGCCUUUUUUAUGUUGCAAAAAAGUUUUUUUCUUGGAUCAUCAUACUACUAAUAAUAUUAUUAGGUCAUUCGGAAGUGAAAAUAAAAAUAAAAACAAGAUUUAUCCAUUGAAAUAACAACAACAAAAAAGUUAUUCAAGAUUAUUGUAACAAUAAUGUCUUCAAAUUCAAGUGGUGAUCCAGCCGCUAGUGGUGGCUCAACAACAACAACAAACACUGCAGCUGUAAAUAAAUCCGAUAAUGAAUCAUCGACAACGAUUAAUACUGUUAAUAAUAAUAAUAAUAAUACAUCAUCAUCAACAACGGUUAAUCAACAAACAGCAGCAGCAACAACGCCAACAUCAACAACAACAUUACAGAUAUCCAGCGGUGCUGGUGGUGAUAUGUUACAAUUUAAUAAAGAUCUAGAUCAAUGGAUUGAACAAUUAAUGGAAUGUAAACAAUUGACUGAAUCACAAGUGAAACAAUUAUGUGACAAAGCUAGAGAUAUAUUGACAAAUGAAUCAAAUGUACAGGAUGUUAAAUGUCCAGUUACUGUUUGUGGCGAUGUGCAUGGACAAUUUCAUGAUCUAAUGGAAUUAUUUCGUAUUGGUGGCCGAUUACCAGAUACAAACUACCUAUUUAUGGGUGAUUAUGUUGAUCGUGGUUAUUAUUCCGUAGAAACGGUUACAUUAUUGGUUGCAUUAAAAGUUCGUUAUAAGGAUCGGAUAACAAUAUUACGUGGUAAUCAUGAAUCCAGACAAAUUACACAAGUAUAUGGUUUCUAUGAUGAAUGUUUACGUAAAUAUGGUACAUCGAAUGUAUGGAAAUAUUUUACCGAUCUUUUUGAUUAUCUACCAUUAACCGCUUUGGUUGAUAGACAAAUAUUCUGUUUACAUGGUGGCCUUUCACCAUCGAUUGAUACAUUGGAUCAUAUACGUGCUUUGGAUCGUUUACAAGAGGUACCACAUGAAGGACCGAUGUGUGAUCUAUUAUGGUCGGAUCCAGAUGAUCGUGGUGGUUGGGGCAUUUCACCACGUGGUGCUGGCUAUACUUUUGGUCAUGAUAUAUCAGAAACAUUUAAUCAUACAAAUGGCCUAACAUUGGUUGCACGUGCUCAUCAAUUAGUAAUGGAAGGUUUUAAUUGGUGUCAUGAUCAUAAUGUUGUUACAAUAUUUUCAGCACCAAAUUAUUGUUAUCGUUGUGGUAAUCAGGCUGCAAUCAUGGAAUUAGAUGAUACAUUAAAUUAUACAUUCUUACAAUUUGAUCCUGCACCAAAACGUGGUGAACCACAUGUUACCAGACGUACACCGGAUUAUUUCUUAUAGAAACAAAAAACAAAACAAAAAAUAAUAAACAAAAUUUUGUUUGGCAACAAUAAUUACUACAAUUAUCUCUCUC